AUGGACGACAUGGCAGCCUACUACGCUCAGAACCAACCGCCGAAUCUCCUAACUUAUCAGUAUUAUCCACCGCCACCGCCUCCUCCUCCUCAACCCAUAGCGGUGAUACCACCGCCUCCCGGUGCUCCUCUACCGCCGCCGCAUCACCUUCCUCCACAGUACCAUUCGCAUCAACCCGUGUAUGGUUCUUACGUUCCUCCUCUAUCUUCAUCCAACGAUGUUCGCACUCUCUUCAUCGCUGGUCUUCCCGAAGAUGUUAAGCCCCGCGAAAUCUACAAUCUUUUCCGAGAAUUUCCCGGUUAUGAGUCAUCGCAUCUUAGAAGUCCUAAUAAUUCAUCGCAGGCGUUUGCUUUUGCUGUUUUCUCCAAUCAGCAAUCUGCAAUCAUGGCAUUGCAUGCUCUUAAUGGGAUGGUCUUUGAUCUUGAAAAGGGUUCCACUCUAUAUAUUGAUCUGGCUAAAUCGAACUCUAGAGCUAAACGUGCAAGGAUAGAUGAUGAGAGAGCUGGCUCAGAUAAGAAAGCUCGAGGAUCAGCACCUUCAUGGCCAACUCCUGAUUCUGCAGGUGUUAGCAGCAUUCACAUGCCUGGAAUGGGUAAUCCUGCUUUCAACACGAACAUGAUUGGUUAUCCACCUGCACAAAGUCAUGGAAAUGCUGACGGGAUUGCUCUUCACAACAGUCUAUUUCCACAUCUGAAAAAGUGUUCAACUCCUUACAUUCCAACGAAUACAAUCCCAUGCGCGACUUUAUUUGUAGCUAAUCUGGGGCCAUCUUGUAAUGAACAAGAGCUAAACCAAGUAUUUUGCAGGUUUCCUGGAUUUCUGAAACUGAAGAUGCAAAGCACAUAUGGGGCUCCUGUUUCAUUUGUAGAUUUCAAGGAUGUUGAGACUGCAACUGCCGCCUUAAACAGUCUGCAAGGCACCAUUCUUUAUUCCUCAGCGGCCGGCGAAGGAAUCCGUUUAGAAUAUGCCAAAUCGCGGAUGGGCAUGCGGAGGAAGACGAAGUAA